GUGCUGUGCCUGGGACUGUUGCUGAACGUGGUCCGGUUCCUCUACAUCGGCUGGCUGAAGAGUCCCUGGUGGGUCCUCCCCUUCGAGUUCCUGCAAGGCAUCACCCACGCGACCGUAUGGGCGGCGUGCUGCUCGUACAUCGCGCACAACACGCCGGUGGACCUGCGCCCGAGCGCCAACGGGGUGCUGGGUUGCAUCCACCACGGGAUCGGGCGCGCCUGUGGGGCCAUCAUCGGGGGGAUCUUCAUCACCUACUUCGGUACGCCGGUGGUAUUCCGAGCCUAUGGGUUCCUCUGUCUGCUCAUCCUGGCUUUCUUCAUCUUCAUCAACUUCUUCAAGGAGGGGAAGUGGCAGACGGAUCUCACCGAGCACGAGGACCCCCGAGAGGUCGCGGAGGCGUCGCACCUGGCGCCGCACGGGGUCCCCACCAAUCCGAUGCCGAGGGCGCUGUCCAGCUCGAAGCUGAACGAGGUGCACGAUCAAGGGAAUUUCUACCAGAAUCCGCAGCAGGGGUCAGGCAUGAACCUGAACCCUCCGAACCAAGCGGGAUACGGAGCA